UUGGCAAUUUCACCGGCGACUGUGUUAUUAUAUGUAAUCCAGAGGAAAUGAAGUCUUUAUAUACUAUGGGAUUCUUCGGUAAAGGCUCAUUGUCAAGAGGGUAUCCUUCAUUUGGACUAAUAAAGAAAGGAAUCCCACCAAUCAUAAAGGAAAGGCAAUGGCAAAGACGAAAAUCCUGGAUUGAUAAAAUGAAGAAAAACUUAAGUGACACAUUUAAACAAGUGAACGACAUAACGAAUACCUCUGGUGACGUAUAUGAGGGAGAAAAAAGUGGUGAACAAAUCAAACUUGGCACAAAUGAUGUGUCUCCCAUGGAUGUUGAUAGCACCAUUAGUGAAAGUUGUGUUGUUAAAGAGUGUGAUGUACAAAACAGUGAUUCAGAUGUAAAAGAUAGUGACAUUCCUGAUAGUGAUGCACACCCAGAUAAAUUGAAAGACAUGAAAGUAAGAGAUUGUGAAGUGACGGAAUUUGAUUUUACAGAUAAAGUUUUAGUUUUAGCUGAUUCCGAUGAUGAUGACAUUGAAAAGGUUCUUCGAGAUCCUCAGCCACACAUAGAAGAUGAGAAGAUUAAAACUGUAGUAGAAACAUUAAAUCUUACAUUGGAGGAGGCUUUUUUUCUCAGUUACGCUCUUGGUUGCUUGCAAGUUAUUGAUCUGUCAGGUCAGACUAUGAGUUUAAAAAAGAUGUGGCACACAUUUUGUCAAAUAAAACCAGAUUUUAUUGAAUCUUAUGUUGCCUACCACCACUUUCGGGCCAAAGGUUGGGUUGUCAAGUCAGGAUUCAAGUUUGGAGGAAACUUUUUGUUGUACAAACAAGGGCCUCCAUUUUUUCAUGCUUCUUACGUAGUUCUUGUGGAGAGAGUUGAUAGCCAGCUGAAUAGAUACAAUGAUUCUCUUACUUGGACAAAGCUGCAUGGUCUGAACAGGCUGGCAGAGAACUCUGGCAAAGACAUAAUCACUUGUCAGGUGGUUUUCCCUGACAGUCUUGCACCAGAAGAUCUAAUUACACCAAAAUCACUAGCCAAGUUCCAAGUCAAUGAAUUACUGACAAAAAGAUGGAUCUCUUCUCAAGAAAGAGUUGAAAAAGAAUUCUCUUAGUCGAUCGAUUACAAGAAAAUGUUAAACAUAAUUCUAAUAUAAAUAUUUGUAUGUUUAUUACUCCUAGUUGAUCGAAUAUAAGAAAAUGAAGAUAAUUCUAAUAAAAAUAUUUGUAUGUUUA